AUCAUAUCCCAUCUGGCUAAUAACUCAGCCUAGCCCAGUUCGAGAAUUGGGCGGGUCGAAUAGAUAGCGAGAUCAAUACACUCUCUAUAGCCAUGAUAGGCAAGCCUCUGAUUUCUUCUUCUUGUUCUCCUUGUUUUCUUGUUACCAAAAUCGAUGAAUAGAGGUACUGGUACCCUGUAAACCUCCUAGGAAGCAUAGGGCCCAUAGUUAACACAGUAGACUGCGUCCCCUUGUGUUAAACCCAAGCACGCUCCAUAGGCCGAACAGAGAAGAACCAUUCCUGGAGCCCCUUUUUUUUUUUUCCCUGCAACGAUAGCUAGGCCUCCUAGACAUACAGUAUGAUACAAGUGCUAGACUUUUCAAAUGGUUGAUUACUGUCCCUGCACCCUCUAUUUUCUAAUGACAAGUGUUUUAUUUGGAAUAUUGGUGGAUCUCAAAGCUGCUGGAAAGUCUUUUAAUUGGAUUAUAUUGUCUAAAUGGUCUUAAUUUCAACUAACAAGAAAAAUCCUUCAACGCAUAGGAAUUCGAUUUCCAAAAGAUAACACCAUCUUCUUGAAGUUUUAAAUUUCUAUGAUUCUGGAAUUUAUCUUGUUUCGACUUCGAAAACAAUUGCAAUCUUUCUUCUCUUCUUUGCAGCAGCCGAUCAAAGAAAAAAAAAAAAACCAAUGGUCAAAAAAAGAAACUUGAAAGAGUUUCACUGUAACUCAGCUGAUGGAAGUGUUUAUUUUUUCUAAAAAUUUCAAGCUCGAAUCUCUCAUUUGUAAACAAAAUAAAAAUAAUAAUCAAAACGAUAUGAAAAUUGACUAGUAACUCUCAUAACUGUACAAUUGACUAGCUAACAGUACUGAACACGAAUUUUAUAUUCAUUACUUCCUUGAAAAAUUCAAUUUGAACCGAUCUCUGGAGACCAAGUAACUGGACGACUUUUCAACUACAUGCUACUGAAAAUCUACUUUCCACCAGUGUUUAUUCUUUAAUUAUACUAGCUGGUUUGACCCGGUGAGUCACCAAGAAGGUACAAAGAAACAUCUUUAAUUAUACUAGCUGGUUUGACCCGGUGAGUCACCAAGAAGGUACAAAGAAACAUCUCAAUUCUUGCUUUACAGGGAUAUAUGAACUUAUUUAGGAGCGAUUUGGAAUCAAAACUUUCAAAAAGAAAAGAAAAAAAAAGGGGGGAAAUGGUUUGGAAAUUGGUGUUUCAAUUGAUGUUGAUGAUGCUAAUGUUUCAAAUAGCAGCAACAGCAGCACCGAUCGCAAGGUCCGGUUGUCCAGAUCGUUGUGGAGACAUCAGCAUUCCAUACCCCUUCGGAAUACGAAAAGAUUGCUACAUGAACGAAUGGUUUGCCACAGAAUGCAAUGCAACUGCCAACCCUGCUAGAGCUUUUAUAAGUCGAAUCAACAUGGAGGUGCUGAAUAUUUCAGCUGAAAGAGCCACUGUUACUGUCAAAAGUCCAAUAAUAUCCUCGAAUUGUACUGGCAGGGAAGAUGGUGUGCCUCUGAAUUUGACUGGAACUCCUUUUGUCUUCUCCAGAAACGAUAAUGUAUUCAUCGCAGUAGGUUGUAAUACUCAAGCUUUAAUGACCGGAAUCACGCCAGAACUCAUCGGUUGUGUGUCUACCUGCAGUGACGUAAAGAGUAAAAAUUUCUGUCAGGCUUCACCCCCAUCAUUCCUUCAGGUUUUCAAUCCAAAAUUAGAAGCUACAGAUGAUAAUCAAGAUAGAGAAGGAUGCAAGCUGGCCUUCCUGGUGAACCAGACAUGGUUCGAAUCGAAUAUCAGCGAUCCAUUCACAUUGCAAUAUAGAGAUUAUGUUCCAGCAGAGCUUGGUUGGACAAUGAGUUGGAAUGAUGAUGAUCCCGUGUAUUGCAGAGGAUAUUACAAUCGAUCUUUUGGAUCCGAAUGUGAGUGUGAUGGGGGCUAUGAGGGCAUCCCUUACCUUGGAUGCAUAGAUGUCGAUGAAUGUAAAGAAUCGAAGCAUUCGUGCCGAGGGUUACUUAAAUGUGUAAAUACACGGGGGUAUUUCAAUUGCGAGAUCAAUAAACUUUAUAUAGCCUUGAUAGUUAUAGGCGCAGUUGUCUUAGCAUUGUCAUUGCUCAUGGGCAUUUGGUGGUUAUAUAAACUUGUAAAGAAAUGGAAAAAGAUUGAGCUCAAAAAGAAAUUCUUCAAACGAAAUGGUGGGCUAUUGUUACAGCAGGAAUUACUUGCUGCUGAAGGUUGGGUUCAAAAAACAAAAAUAUACAGUUCAAAGGAGUUGGAAGUAGCCACUGAUCGUUUUAAUGUGAAUAGAAUACUCGGUCAAGGUGGUCAAGGCACAGUUUAUAAAGGGAUGUUAGCAGAUGGAAGGAUUGUUGCUGUUAAGAAGUCCAUGGUCGUUGAUGAAGGAAAGCUUGAAGAAUUUAUCAAUGAGGUCGUCGUUCUUUCACAAAUUAACCAUAGGAAUGUGGUUAAGUUGCUCGGUUGUUGCUUGGAGACUGAAGUUCCGUUGCUAGUCUAUGAGUUCAUUCCCAAUGGAAAUCUUUACAAGUAUAUCCAUGAUCAAAACGAAGAUUUCUUGUUAUCUUGGGAGAUGCGAUUACGGAUUGCCAUUGAAGUUGCUGGAGCACUUUCCUAUCUACACUCGGCGACAUCCAUUCCGAUUUAUCACCGCGACAUCAAGUCUACAAACAUACUGCUAGAUGAGAAAUAUAGAGCAAAAGUAUCUGAUUUUGGAUCUUCAAGAUCUAUAUCCAUCGAUCAAACUCACUUGACCACUCUUGUGCAAGGUACUUUUGGCUACUUAGAUCCCGAGUACUUCCAGUCUAGUCAAUUUACAGAAAAAAGUGAUGUUUAUAGCUUUGGAGUGGUUCUGGUUGAGCUCAUAAGUGGACAAAAACCAAUAUUUUCUGUAAGUCAGACAGAGACUAGAAGUUUAGCCACGCAUUUUAUUAUGUUGAUGGAAGAUAAUAGACUGUUUGAUGUUCUUGAUGCUAGAGUUAAGGAGGGCUGUCAGAAUGAAGAAGUUAUCUCUGUUGCUAAUCUUGCGAAAAGAUGCUUGAAUUUGAAUGGGAAAAAUCGACCUACAAUGCGAGAAGUCACAUCAGAGUUGGAGAGGAUAAUUGGAUUGUCUCAAAAAGAGCUAAAUAUUCAAGAGAACUGUAAAAUAUCAGAAAACACCAUGGAUGAUGCAAGCAAUGAUUGGGAUGCAGUUUCGACAUCAAUCACCGGUGAUUUUGAUACUGGCAGGACUCCAUCAUCCGAUGGUGAACCACAGAUAAAUAUUACAACGUGCUGAUUUUACAAGACAUAUCAAUCGCUGAAAACAUAUACGCGUCUCUGUUUUUCUUUUCCCUUGUUCCUAUUUUGAUGUGAAUUUAUAGACACACACACAUAGAUUACUCGCUUUCUUUAUGUUUUCUAACCCCAUGUAACCUUUCUUAGCAGCCCUCAUCUUCUUAAUGAGGAUGCUUUAUUUAUAAUAUUCUCGAGUACUAUUAAAAAAAGAAAAAUAUACAAAAAAAACAUGCAAAUUGCUUUA